AUGAGAAACAAACUUGAAGCAAAGAGCACCAAGGCUAUGCUUAUUGGAUAUUCCGCAUCUCAAAAGGGAUACAAGUGCUUUGAUCCCACUGCUAGAAGAGUCUUGGUGUCUAGGAAUGUGAAGUUCAUGGAAGAUAAAGGGUAUUAUGAAGAGAAGAAUUGGGAGGAGCUUGAAGAACUUUCUCAACCAUCAGAUAGAGCUGCUAGUUUGAGAAACAUACUAGAAGAACUCGCUGAAGGGUUAAAAGAUCAAGGCUCAGAAGAAGCUGGAGGUCUAGAAGAUCAAGGCUCAGAUUCUCCUGUCCAAAGUGGAGAUGAAUUAGUAAGAGAAGUUCAGAAUGAAGGUCAGGAAGCUGGAGAAGAAAUCCAGAUACAAGAGGAAGCUGUUGAGGAACAAGUAGAAGUUCCUUUGAGAAGUAGCACACGGGUAAGGAGUGAUGCUUCCGAGUGGGAAAACACGAGAAACUGGGUAAUCACGAGAGUGUUAUACAAUGUCCAGGUUGUGGAACAUCCUUCCCAAGUUGUGUGCUCCUUUGCUGAGUUUCCGGAAGAGCACUACUCCUUUAUGGUAAGCUUAGAUGAAAGUUAUGUGCCAAGAAGCUAUGAAGAAGCAAUGCUAAUUCAACAGUGGAGGGAUUCAGUCAAUGAUGAGGCUGAUGCCAUGAUUAGAAAUGAUACAUGGUAUGAGAGUGAAUUGCCUAAGGGGAAGAGAGCUGUGUCAAGCAUCAUUGUUUUGCUUGUGUAUGUGGAUGACAUCAUCAUAACAGGCAGUGAUAAGGAAGGAAUCCGAGCCACCAAGGAGUUUCUGAAAUCAGAUGCUGGUGUGUAUGGAGGAAGAACAGCCAAGAUGCCCAUGGAGGGUGGGUACAAGGUUCCACGUGAGGGGGAGAUUGAAGACAGAAAGUUGUUCUAUGAUCCAAAGCUGUAUAGGAAGCUUGUGGGGAAGCUGAUAUACUUGACCAUCACUAGGCCAGACAUUUGUUUUGCUAUGAAUCAAGUGAGGCAGUAUAUGCAAGCUCCAAAAGAGCAUCACUGGCGCAUGGUGGAGAGGAUUGGGACUCAUAGAUCUUGGGAAGAGAAGGAGCUGAUCCCCUAA